UGCACAGCAGUGACGACUUCAGUAACCGGAGAUCAACGCACCAGUUACUCGCCUUUAUUUCUUUCUUUACCGGAGCUCCUGCAGCUUUGGUGCCUUUCUCUACACGAAAAAAAUGACUCAAACGGAAACCAGGAAUCAUCACGAUGGCAAGCAACAGUUCGGAGGAGCCGUGGCAGAAACAUCGACGGUGGAGGAUGUUUUUGACGACAGCUAUAAAGAGAAAGAGGGUCCCAAACCACCGACGACGCUGGUUUGGAGGAAUAUCAUCCUGAUGUCCCUCCUUCAUGUCACCGCUCUCUACGGACUAGUUUUCCUUCCAUCCGCUUCGGUUGCAACUCUCGCAUGGACUGCAGUGUGCUACUUCAUCAGUGCUCUCGGUGUGACUGCCGGUGCACACAGAUUAUGGAGCCACAGAUCCUACAAGGCCUCUUUUCCUCUGCGAGUCUUCCUCGCUCUCGCCAACUCCAUGGCCUUUCAGAAUGAUGUAUACGAGUGGGCGAGGGACCACCGUGUCCACCACAAGUACUCGGAGACAGACGCAGACCCCCACAAUGCCACACGGGGGUUCUUCUUCGCACACAUUGGUUGGCUGAUGGUUCGCAAACAUCCCGACGUCAUUGAAAAGGGCAAAAAACUGGAGCUGUCCGACCUGAAGGCAGAUAAAGUGGUUAUGUUUCAGAGACGCCACUACAAGCUCUCCGUGGUGCUCCUUUGCUUCUUCGUGCCAAUGUUUGUGCCCUGGUACUUCUGGGGGGAAUCCUUGGCUGUGGCAUACUUCAUCCCUGGACUCUUAAGAUACGCCGUGAUGCUCAAUGCCACCUGGCUGGUCAACAGCGCUGCACACAUCUGGGGCAACAGGCCUUACGACAAGACCAUCAACCCGAGGGAAAACCGACUGGUUGCAUUCAGUGCUAUAGGGGAAGGCUUCCACAACUACCACCACACAUUCCCCUUCGACUACGCCACGAGUGAGUUCGGCUGCAAGCUGAAUCUCACCACUGCCUUCAUAGACACCAUGUGCUUCCUGGGUUUGGCCAAGGACCCAAAGAGGGUGUCGAAGGAAGUCAUCACUGCGCGCAGACAGCGAACGGGUGACGGCAGCAACAAAAGCUGCUGAGUCACGCUAGCCGCAAGCUCUGAAACUGAUACCUGUGUCGAACCAAGACAGAACGUAGCAGCGGGUAUAGCAGAAUUUCAGUGGUGGUUAGGGGUGAUUACCAUGCUUCUGAAUAUAAGAUAAACCUCCUGAGACUAAUAUUGGCUUUUGAGAGUUGUAGACUUUCCUUAAAUGUGUGGGUCUCUUUUUAAGUUUUGAAGUGUCCUCACCAACUAUUCGUCACAGCCAGUGACCUGGCUACAUGUGCAAGCACAGCUUUUCACCAUAAAAUAUAUAUAAAU